AUGGUUGAAGCAGAUCGCCCGGGGAAGCUUUUCAUUGGCGGGCUCAACCUCGAAACCGACGAGAAAGGCCUCGAGGCCGCGUUUGGCAAGUAUGGCCGCAUAGUCGAGGUGCUCCUGAUGAAAGACCGAGAAACCACCAAGUCGAGGGGCUUCGCGUUCAUCACCUUCGAAAGCCCAGCAGACGCCAAAGCCGCCGCAAGAGACAUGAACGGCAAGACCCUGGAUGGUAAGACCAUCAAGGUGGCCCAGGCCACCAAGCCGGCGUUUGAGAGCGGCCGGCGGGGUGCCCCGCCGCCUCCGCCCCCCCGGGAGGAGGGCUACUCUCCUAGAGAUAACUACUCCAACCGAGACUACUCGAGCGCCCGCGACCCCAGGGAUUUUGCGGCCUCCCCGAGAGAAUACACCUACCGCGAUUACGGCCACUCCAGUGCCCGGGACGACUGUUCCUCGAGAGGCUACGGUGACCGAGACGGCUACGGGGGUCGCGACCGUGACUACGCAGAUCAUCUGAGUGGAGGCACCUACCGAGAAGUCUUCGAGAGCUACGGCGACCCGCGCAGCGCUGCCCCCGUGCGGGGCGCGCCGCCAUCUUAUGGUGGAGGCGAUCGCUACGACGAGUAUCGAGGCUGUUCCCCCGACGCUUACGGCAGCGGCCGCGACAGUUAUACCAGUGGCCGCAGUGAUCGCUAUUCCAGAGGCCGCGAACGAGUAGGAAGGCCUGAUCGCGGGCUCCCCACGUCUAUGGAAAGAGGGUGCCCUCCCCCGCGUGAUUCUUACAGCAGGUCAGGCCGUAGGGCACCUGGGGGCGGAGGCCGCUUUGGAAGUCGCCUGGAGAGAGGGGGAGGCCGGAGCAGAUACUAA